AACAUCAACAUCACCACAGUUGGGAUCCCGCAUCGAGAGCGAUAGCGCCUGAGAGCGUCAAUUCAGCUACAUCGGAAAUGAUUACAAAGUUAUAAAACCGAAACCAUGGCCGAAUGCUCGACCGGUGAAGCACGGCAGGAUCUGCAGAGCCGAGUUCUACAAAGCACUUUACAAGAGGUCGCUGCGAGAUCCAAAGACGACAACUCGUUCUGCUGUGUGAUUUGCCUUGAUGCAGUCACCGACCAGUGCGAGGCUUCUCCAUGCGGACAUGCAGACUUUGACUAUGUUUGUGGGCUGAGCUGGCUGCUCCAGACGCCGCUAUGCCCGCUCUGCAAAACGCCUGUAACGUCGCUGCUCCAUGGUCCAGCCGGACAGGCAGACCGUCCCGUUACAAAGAUUGAGCAAAUGAAGGACAAACCGGCGCCGACUUCCGGAAAUCGUCACGGAGAAACGAGGUCAAGCAGGGCUGCUCUGGAACAAGUGGAGAGGCGCCGCGCACGAAGACAACGCCCCGGGACCAGCAGGCGCUACGAGGGAACUGUUGAGAUUGGGGAAGCGCUAAGAAGACGAAAGAGGGUCUAUGAAAGACUCCUUUACUCGAAGCAUGUUGGAUCCAACCGGCUAUCCCGCUAUCGAGAGCUCACACCACAGAUGUUCUGCUCUGACGAAGAACUGGCUUCUCGAGCUCGCAUGUGGAUUCGCCGUGAGCUUCAAGUCUUUUCCUUCCUGUCACCGUCAGAUGAUAUCUCGGAAGGAUCGCGACCGCGUAACGCUGCUGAUACACGGCGUGCCAACAAUGCCGAGUUCCUCCUGGAGUAUGUGGUGGCCAUUCUCAAGUCAGUAGACAUUAUGGGAAGCAUGGGUCAGGCAGAAGACAUGGUUUCAGACUUUUUAGGCCGAGAAAACGGCCGACUCUUUCUACAUGAGCUCCGUGCUUGGCUAAGGAGUCCAUUCGGAAGACUGGAGGACUGGGAUCGAGCCGUACAGUACUCCGAGCCUAAUGAGACAGGCCAGACGCAUACAAGAUCCUCGAACCGAGAAACUAGCAACAGAGAAAACAAUCGAAAAGCAUUUAAAGGGGAUUUUUAUAGACCUGGAAGACGUGCUGGGCCAUAUGAGAGAGCUCCACGCGGGCUUGAAAGGUCAGCAAGAGGCAGUGCUAGCUGAGAAUGUAUGGUGGAGGCGUUUUAUAAUGAAUGAUGAUACCCUGCUGUUUUAUUUUAUUUUAUAUAUACACUACAUGUAAUAUAUUGUAGCCUUUUUGUUGGUACAUAUAGAAGGCGUUUAAGCGGGUUAGGGUUGGAGUUUAAUAGCCUCGACGCGUAUCGCGAUCCCGCGUCUCCCCACUAAAAACGGC